AUGGGAACUUGCUAAGGAACUAAAAAAACUCAAUAAAACAAACCAAAUCUUGAAAUUCAAAUUCCUAAUACUAAUAAUCUUGAUCAAUCCAAAAAAACAACUAAUUCUUAGUCUAAAAGUGCAUGUUUAGAAAAAAAGACACCUUAAAGUUCUUAAAGACAUACUUUAAAAAGUUAACAAUUUCAAUUCAAUAAUUCAUCAAGUGAUUCAGCUUUAAAAAGUAGACUUUCAACUCCUAUGGUUGAUCUAAAAAGUAUAGAAUAAGAUUAAGUAAGAACAACUAAACAUAAAACAACUUUUAAAAUGAAUGCUACAGUAAAGAAGAUAGCCUUCUCUAAGUUUUAUUCAGUUUAAUAAAACAAGAAGAGUAGCUUUUCUAAAAUGGCUGGAGGUAGUAUACUUGUUCAACAUAAUAUGACAGGUAAGUUGCACUAUGCUGAUAUUUUAGAAAGCACAAAAGAGACUCAAUAAUAUGUUGAUGAAUUAUUACGAUGUCAAUUGGUAAUAAUAUCAUAUUUAUAUGCUUAGUAACAUCCAAAUAUAACAAAUGUUAUAGAAAUUUUAGAGGACAAAUCUUAAUAUAUAAUUAUCAAAGAAUGCGCUUAGGGAGUUCCAAUUACAUUUUCCGAACCUAUUGAAAGAUAAAAAGUCAUAAUAAAAUAAAUAAUAGAAAUAGUUUGUUAUUUGCAUAGUAAAAAUUUAAUACAUGGAGCAUUAUGGCUUGGUGCUUUCGAAAGAAAUAAUGAAUUAGUUAAAUUAGUAGAUAUUUAGAGUAUUUUUAUAAGACAUGAACCCACAAAUAAUGAUACUGAAUAUUAUGCUCCAGAAUGUACACUUAAUUAAACUAUUUAUACAAAAGAAAGAGAUAUUUGGGCAGUUGGAAUGAUAGCUCAUAAUAUUAUAUAAGGUAGAUAUUUUAAAGCAACAAAUGCUGAAGAUAUUAUUAAAGAAAUAGAAUAAGUGAGAAUUAGGAAACAUUUACAUAUUGAUAAUUCUAUAGACAAAGAAUUUUUAGAAAAGUUUUUACAUAUUACUCCUGAAAAAAGAAUACCACUUUAAGAAGCAUUAAAAGAUUAAUUCUUUCCUAAAACUUUUGAAAUUUAAGAAUUUGAUUAAAUAUUACAACGAAAUAAAGGUUUAAAAAAAAUAAGUGUUUUACAAUAAUGUCUAUUAUUGUUAUUUAUUAAUUAAUUUGAAGAAUAAAAGAUAAAAUUAUAAAAAGUGUUUUAAAAUCUUGACGGAGAUUAUGAUGGGAAAAUCUCAAAGAAUGAAUGUAUGGCUUUAUAUCCUGAUAAAGAGUAGUAAAUCAAUUCUCUUUUUGAUUUACUUUCUCUAAAAGACAAGAUGGAUUUUUAAGAAUUUUUAGUCAUUUCAGCUGAUCGCACCUAAUUAUUAACUUCUUAAAAUAUUGAAACUAUUUUUAAUCUAUAUGCAACAGUCAAAAAGUACUUGCUUUAAUAAACUUUAGUAAAUAUAUACAAGUCUAGAGAAAAUGAAUUAUAAGAAGCUUUUAAUUAAUAUGAUCAUCCUCAUGUAAUAUUUUAAAUAAUAUAUUUAGUUAAAUUUUAAAACUUUCGAAACUCUUUUGACAGAAUUAUUGUGA